UGUUAAAUUUUAAAAUACUGUAAGAAAUUGACGGAUAGAAGGAAAAGGAUAUCACUCGUUUUGGUUUCCGAACGCGAAUGGUGUGAAUGAACUGUCAAAUAUUCAAUGAAGUUAGCUGCUGUCUGGAAUCCUUCCGCCAAGCUUGUGUGUGUGGAGAUGCACCACUUCUUACAUUAGUGUGCCGUCCGUGAAAGCGGUUUUUCAAAGCUCGCGCUCGCCGUUUUCAUCGUUUGAUGCGCCGCCCGGCCGGACGCCGGUGCCAGUGGUGCAUAAUAUUUACAUUACGGCUUCCAAAAACCCAACAUUCCACUUCCAACGUUGUCUUCAAUUAAAAAUGUUCGUAGUUAGUUCGAAAAUCGAAUGUUAACUUUUUAAUGUGGCCAGUUUAAGUGAUAAGUGUUUUAUGAUGUGCUUUCUGCGAGCGGUUUUAUUCCUUUCGUUGGUUUUAUCCGGCCUCCACACUUCCAUUGGGUCCGAAGGUAUCGACCACCAUUCAGGGCAUAGACUACACAAGCACAAGACCAACAGAAAACACCGGGCUACUAAUGAAGAGCUCCACUUCGAUCCAAAGCCAUUCAGUAAGAAGAUCGAACUGAAUACACCCGGGAAGAUCCAUUGUAAAGUGGCUGGUGGACUCUCUCCGACCGUACAAUGGUUUUUGAAUUCAGAAGACGCUUUGCCAGAAGGCGUAAGCUCGGCGAACGGUACACUGCACGUGGCGUCGGCUGAGAAACGCCACGUCGGCAACUACACUUGCCGAGCCACUGAUGGCAACCAUACCAUCACUGCGGAGAUACACCUCGAUGUUGUUGGUACUCGGCCAACGGCGUCGGCUGAGAAACGCCACGUCGGCAACUACACUUGCCGAGCCACUGAUGGCAACCACACCAUCACUGCGGAGAUACACCUCGAUGUUGUUGUAUCACCAAAAGUAAUUGAGCCUCUCCCAGACACGGAGAUACACAUCGGAGAGCGACAAUCAGCGCUUUUGAACUGCCGAGCUAUUGGUGACCCGCUGCCGACGACGCACUGGGUCCGAAAUCUCACCAUUAUCAACCAAUCGCAAGAUGGCGUGGAUAUCGAAGGAGGUGUAAAUGCGACACACGCCAGAAUGUUGUUACUAAACAAUGGCUCCCUAUGGAUCCGUUCAGCGCGGCGUGAAGACGCAGACCGCUACGCUUGUACGGCGGGCAGCGCCGCUGGUAUGGCACGCACGGAGCUGGUCCUUACUGUACAUCCAGAGGGCUACUAUGCUGAGGGCGGGAGUGAAUCUGGAGCGGGGCGAGCGGUGUUAGUGGCCGCGGGGGUGGCGGCAGGGUACAUGCUGCUGGUGUUGGCGCUGAUGCUGUAUUGCAGGCGGCGUCGGCGUGAGCGGCGUCUGCGUGGUGAAAAGAUAGAGCUAGAAAUGGCUGAAGGCCGCGAAAAGUUGGUGGAAGAAGGAGAUGACAAGCCCAAGACCAACGGAGCGCCCAAUGGGAAACUGCCACACGACAGAGACAGCGAAAAAGUUAGUGAAAAGAUAGAGCUAGAAAUGGCAGAAGGGCGAGAGAAGUUGGUGGAAGGAGAGGACAAGCCCAAGACCAACGGAGCACCCAACGGGAAACUGCCACACGACAGAGACAGCGAAAAAGUUAGUGAAAAGAUAGAGCUAGAAAUGGCAGAAGGGCGAGAGAAGUUGGUGGAAGGAGAGGACAAGCCCAAGACCAACGGAGCACCCAACGGGAAACUGCCACACGACAGAGACAGCGGUGCCGACACGUCAGAGGUAUCAGCGGCAUCUCGAGUUUCCCGCCGAGGAUUUGAGCACCUCGCGGCCCCGAGGACCUUACUCUCGGAGCAGAUCCCUCUAGGCCGCGGCGAGUUCGGCGAGGUAUCGCUGGCGCGCCUCGACGUGUCGGCACUGAAGCGCGCGCGCUCGGCCGCCGCCAGCUCCGCGCCGCGGUUGCGCCCCGUACUAGUCAAGGCUCUGACUUCUAAGGACGAGGCGGCCGGGGCAGAAUUCCGUCGCCAACUGGAAUUAUUCGGGCGUGUCCGACACGAGGGCGUCGCGCGCCUUUUGGCGCUCUGCAGCGACGCAGACCCGCAUCUAAUGAUCCUCGAACACACUGACUGGGGUGACCUGAAAACCUUCCUGCAAGCCACCACAGCGGAACAAACAGCGCAGUUCACCGGCGCUGGUGGCGCCAGCGCGGCGCCGCUGUCGCCGCAGCACCAGGCCCUGCUGGCCAGCCAGCUCGCGCACGCGGCCACCGCGUUGGCCACCCAGCGGCUCACACACAGAGACAUCGCAGCCCGCAAUUGCGCCAUCUCGUCAGCAUUGCGGCUGAAACUCACCAUGGCGGCCAUGUCCCGAGGACCAGACACCGCACAUUACUACAAGCGACAUGAUCAGGUGAUCCCGCUGCGCUGGUUGCCGGCCGAGGCGGCUUUAGAAGGCGAAUACUCCGCCAAGUCCGACGCGUACAUGUUCGCAGCUACCGUAUGGGAGAUCUACACUAAAGCAGAGCUUCCGUUUGCCAAGCUGAACGAUAACUCGGUGCUGGAGCGACUAAAAAGCGGCACCCUCGAGUGGACGGUCCCGGGUUCGAUGCCCGACGCGCUUGCUGAAUUACUGAAACGGUGCUGGAGCAAUUCGCCAUCCGAGCGGCCUCAGUUCGAAGCCAUAUGUACCGAGGUAGACGCUGUAUUACAAGCGGUUACUUCCGCCGAAACUACGCAGGAUGACAACCCUUAAACACAUCACUUUAAAGUUCAGUUUCUAACAUUUGCGGCCUCAGUUCGAAGCCAUCUGUACCGAGGUAGACG